CCGCAUGUCUAAUUUCUUGUGAAAUGAUGAUAAUUGUGAGUUAAUUGCUAGUUCCUCUCUCAGUUUGCGUUAGACGUGGAAGUAGUUACGAACUAAAUCUCGUUUUGGGUACUGCAUGAUCGUCUACUUUCCAUCGUCUGAGCGCUUGAAUUGUUCCUCUCUAUUUACACUAGACAUGUUAAUACUUUCGAAUAAAACCCAACAAGACAAAUUUUAAUUUUGUCUCACUUCACUCUGACAACUGUUCCAAGUUUUACAGUCAGUUUGAACGUGUCUUUUCCAAAUUUCCGAUUCUUGUGGUUUGUAUUUCUUUAGAAGAACUUAAUGAAGACUCACUAUUUUGUUAAUUGAAGCGGAACAAAGACAUAAAACAAACGUUCUCUAGAAGUUUCUCAAAUAUACCUGCAGGCGAGUAUUGUGAGACAGAUAAAGAUGAAUUGUCAUUCAAACUUCCGUUUUUCAUAAUCACACUCAUGACCGAGCUGGUCGCCGUGCUCACGUAGUCUUGUCCAGUGACGUGUGGAGGAACCGGUUAGAGAACGACUCAAAGAAAGACGUUGAUAAUCAGAAAUAUCAUCGAAGUACUAGUCUUUACGUUUACACUUCAAGAAAUUUCGGUAUAGUCGCAAUCAGAUUUAGGAGCCAGAUCAGAAAAUAGCCUUGCUUGGAACCACUGGAUUAGUUGUCCUGAUCUUGUAAGUACAGACAGAGAUAAUUUCUCCCAGCGAGCACUACGGCAUACAUCGAUUUGAUCUUUACCUCUCUUGAACUGUGGUCAUAGUUUAAAAGAUUAGAAGUUUUUUCCAGGUAUAUUCCCGGCUAAAUGCACGAUUUUUUCAGAGACCAAGAAGCAGCAAACGUUCUGGAAAAAUGAGGGCAAGGGAACGGUUAUCUUGUGCAGUUGGAAAUGUGUUCAAUGACAUAUAUACACAACUUUUAUUCUCAUUCGAAAUCGUAUUCUUCAUGAAAGUGCUGGAACUUUCAGCAUCAGAAGCCGGGCUAUUAGUGCUCAUUGGAGAAAUAUCAGAAGCCUUAAUUUCUCUAUUAACUGGGUACCUUGGCGACUAUAUCAAUGUUCCUUUCCUAUCGAACAAAAUUGGCAGGCGAAAAUCUUGGCAUCUCCUUGCAACAUUUUUAAUGGCAAUCGGCAUCCCCCUUUUGUUUAACAAGUGCUUUUUGUGUGAUGGAAGAGAUCAAAGCUGGCUUCCACUUGUCUAUUUUGGCUUCUUCUCGGCGUUGGUUAACAUCUGCUUUAACGUGGUGGAGAUAAAUCACUUGGCAUUUGUCACCACUGUAGCUGAAAAAGUCUCGGAAUUUACAGCCCUUGUCGCCAUAAGGACUAUGUUUAGCUUCUUAAGUGGUGUUUAUGUUUACAUCAUCGCAUGGGCUCUCCUUGGACAAGACAGUGGAGAUAGCCUGGGGCCUACACACCUAUCAGAUUUUGCGUAUCUCUCUUGGAUUGCAACUGGAACAGGAGUCCUUUUUGCAACCAUUUUCUACAUUGGGACAAAAGAACCUCGCAAGACACGUGAACGAAAACCUAGCGCAUAUGUUGAUAUGAGUGUUGGCGGAUUAUUCAUGCUAGCGUUUGAAGAGGAAAACCAAAGCUCACGAAAAAACAGUCUUGCUCGUUCAAUCAUUGACAUGUUUGUGACUUCGUCGAAUGAAAAAUCAGACCAGGAGGAAAAACGACAUCAAGACACAGAAGAUCAUGAAAAUCGUCGGAGGAAAAGAAGCGUACUGCAGAAAUUUGUUGAAGUUUUAUUUUACGACGAGGAAGACGAGAUUGAUCAAAGUUCAUCACAAACUGAGACUGAGAAAUCAUCUCAGGAAGAUCCACAAAGCGAGGGCACAAGGAAGCAAAUGAUUCUAGGACUACAGAAGUUAGACCGUGAUCGUAAAAAGAGCUUGUUAGUGCGUGUUAUUGACGGACUGCUAUCUAGAUCAGACCACAUCCAACCAGAAGAGAUGUCAACUGAGAGCAUCGAAAACCACUUUGCAGUCGACAUUGGAAAUGAUGAAUAUACAACUGGUGAAAACUACUGGAGACAAGAAAGUCUCCAGGACAAUCAAAGAGAAGACUACCGGGAAAACAACAAAGAAGUAGAUUCAGUUCACAGAGAAAUAGAAAUUGACGAAGAAGACAAGCCUACAUUGUUUCCAGCCAAAUUUCAUGUUAAGCGUGCUUUUCUCAGAGUUAACAAUGACUCGGAGUGUCUAGAGCACUCAGAAUUGUAA